CUUCGCUUAUCGUAUAAAUGGGUAAAAAGCAGAGCAUCUACGAAAAGCCUGGUAGUUUGGAGUAUUACAAAUUCAGCGCGGAAGAGUACGCGCUGAUUAAAAAUGUAUGGUCGGGUAUUGAAGUCAAUCCUCAAUUUCACGGCAACGCGUAUCUCAGAAGCUUCUGCGAGAUGUAUCCACAAUACGUGAAAUUUUUCACGUUGGAGCCUACGUUGCCGGUGAACUUCGACGCGCGUACCACAGCAAAGUUUUCGAUAAUCAUGGAAAGUCUGGGUCACCUCCUAUUGGAUUUUAAUAAGAAGCCCAAACGAUUAGAUCGAUUUGUCGGUUACAUAGCUAUGGUACAUAAGGACAUGCGAUUAGAGGAACAAGAUAUGCGUGUACGUCUUGCACAGAAUUUACUAGCUUUUUUUUAACAGAUAAUUUAAGUGGACUAGCCAUAAGUUUCUCCCUUAGAGUUUCGAUGACAGAUCAAUUGCUGCUCGCCGUUCAUAUAUUUUUGUUUUGUUAAACUUUUCGUUUAGAACGUUGUGGUGUGGUUAUUAGAAUACCUGUUAAAGACGUAUCCAACGCAGAUGACUGCGCAGUGCCAGGAAGCAAUAUCCAAGUUUAUGGAUAGUAUGAUAAAGGAGCUCUCCAUAAAGAUGGAAAUCUUCCGCGGUUACGACGUCGCAAAACCGGACGUAACGAUACAAAUCAAAUCGGUAAAAGACACGCAAUUUCUUUUCGCGACGAUAAACGUUAUAUAUAAAACUGUACAUCGCUACUUCUAGUUGAGAAAUCAGCAAGAUAAUUAUUAUAUAAAUUCUAUCAUAAUAUUUUACAUCGGGGAGUAACGCCUUUUCAAAAAUAUUUAGCUGUUAAAAGAUCCGUCCGCAUUUUCUUUCUCUCUUUUACCUCGAUAAUUGUACAGAAUAAAGUCAAAUAUUUCUUUUC